AUGCUGGAUAACAUACACAUGAGAAUUCCGGGGUUCAGUGAUUCAUUAAGGAUUUGCCCAUUUUCGAAGAAGGAAGAAUCUAAAAUUCCAUAUGUAAUACCAUUUGGUAUAUACGGGGAAUACCAACAUUGGCUAUUGGUAACUAUGGCAACAAGUAGAUUGAACAAUGAUGAGUACAAGAACUGGUUACGAGUUGGUCGCUCACUGUUGGAGAUGUGCAAAGGCUUGGAUAAAUUCAUCACUGCCGAAAACAACAACUUUCACAGUCAGCUGAAGACAAAACUCCCAGCAUGCACAUCAAAAAACUGCAAAGGUAAUGAAAAUAAGCCACCAUCAAAGAGAAAACAUGUCUGUCCUGUGUGCGCAAAAUGGGAGGUUGAAAUCCUUACUCAUCACAGUAAUAAAGGUAGUGUGUACUGGCAGAAUGCUGACAAUACAAAGUGGUUCACUGUAGCCUGGGAAGUAGCUAAGGUUUUCAUGCCUCGUGGUCAGAAGAAAACUGUGACGACAGCAUCUGAGACUGACUCUUCUGCAUUGCUCAACUUGAUGAGCAACUGUAAAAAGUUUCAUGCUUAUAUUAAGGACACACAAAAAGUAUUGAAGGUCAGAAAUGAUGUGAUGCACUCAGUACAAAUGAAGUUUACAACUCAAGAAAUGCAGGAUAAUAUUAAUAAAAUUCUACAUUUACUGCAAGCUUCUAAUAUACCAAGUCAAUACACAGAUGUACAAGAUGCUAUCCAGAAUAUCAAGGAGAUUCUGCGUGUUAAUUUUGUAAUCACUGAAGAAAUGGAGCUCUCUGUCUUAAGGGAUAAAUUUAAAGAAUUUGAAAACAAGCUAGAAGAAUUGGAUAACAGAAUCACUCCUGAGCUCCAAAAGGCUGUGGAAAGUUUUCAAGAUUUCAUAAAUGGAAAUAGCGAUCUACAAGGCCAGUUCCAAAAUGAGCUGUCAUCUCUAGAGCAAAGGAUAAAUUCUCUGGAAGGAAGAGUGGAUGAUGUUGCCAAGGAAGUUGAGGUUAUUGGUGAGGAGCUAAAGAAAAUGAAGGGUGACAAUACACCCAAGUUACAGGCAAAGUAUAAAAUUGAUCUACAGACAAAUGCUCAGAGAAAUAAAUUUGAAUCUAAAUAUACGUACAUAUUACUUAGCUGUAUUGUUUGCUGCUUUGCUUAUCAAAUAUACAUACUUGGUAUACUUGGACGCAGUCUUGUGUCUUGUGAAGUCACAGUUGGAGAGCAGACAUAUAGAAGUACUAUUGUUACAUCUAAGCCUAAAGAUGCUGAGCAAGAUGCUGCACGAGUUGCCCUUGUGGAACUGGGUCAAUCUGGAGACGAAGAGCCAGUGUCACUGUCUGUUGAAGAAUAUUUUGUUAACUACAAAAAUGUUCUCCAGGAACAUUGUCAGAAAACUGGUUUACACUCUCCAGAUUAUGAAACAACAAAAAUCAAGGAAGAUCCACCACAGUUUAUCGCCUGGUUGACAUACAAGGCAAUAGGGAAAUCGAAGAAAUAUUUAUCUGAAAGCCUAAUUCAUACUUCUGCAAAAAAGGCUGAACAGAGUGCUGCGAAAGUUGCAUGCCUAGAUUUGAAAUUAGCCCUGCCAGAGCCCAUUAGAAUUCUACCUAAGCCCAUGAAGUCAACACAACCUACUCCCCCUAAGGAAAAAGAAUUGAUGCAACCACCAGACAAUUCUGAUGAAAAAUCCCAAACUCAUUCACCACCAGCAGGGAAUCAGCAGCAUGAUGACUUCAUCAACUACAAAAAUAUACUACAGGAACAUUGCCAGAAGAAUAGAUUUGAUACUCCGAAAUAUGAAUCCACAAAAAUCCAGGACAAUCCGGCACAGUUUACCACUGUGCUGACCUACAAGACACUUGGGAAUACAGUGAAAUACUCAUCUGAAGGCCUAACUCAUAGUAAUAAGAAGGAAUCUGAGCAGAGUGCUGCAAAAGUUGCUUGCCUUGGUUUAGACUUAGUCUCGUCAGACACCACAAAGAGUCCAACUAAACCUGUGUCAACGCAACCUACAAACAAGUGUGACGUAAAAUCACAGAUCAGUGCAUCACCAGUAGAGAAUAAGCAGCAAAAGAAGUUAACUUUGGUGUCUUCACCUCCAAAAAAAGCAGCAGAAGAUGCACCAGAAUGUCAUCAACCUGCACCUACAAGUUCACCGGAUGGUUCUGCGGUAGUACAAGACAACUACAAAGGGAAAUUACAAGAGUUUUUAACGAAGGCUGGUGUAACCAAUAGACCUGUGUAUGAAACUACCCAAGUUGAUAUGAAAUUCAUUUCCACAUUCAAAUUGGACACUAAGUAUGCAAUUCAGACCACAACACCAUUUGAGAGUAAGAGGAAAGCCGAAGAACAUUUGGCAAAGCAAAUUCUACAAAGUUUAAAAAUUGAAACACAAAAUGUUACUAGUUUUAAAUCCAGAUUAAAUGAGAUUGAUCCAAAAACACCAGCAAAGUAUAUCACAGAGGUGGUCGAUCCAAAUGCACUCUCAAAAACAUUCAAAAGUUUGGUUAUUUCCAAAACUAUUGUGGAUGAUCACCAAAUUGAGUUAAAAGGUGACAUGUGUAAUUCAAAGAAAAGAGCAGAGCAAAAUGUUGCUGCUUCGGCACUAGCAUUUAUUGAGAAAUAUUUAAGUGAGUUUCUCUUAGAAAAGUGA